AUGGUAGAAGGAAACUCAAAGCCAACUAAUAUUGAGGAGGUAUGCUCAUUCAGAACGGCGCGCAGUAAAUUCGCUCUAGAAAACAACAAACACACCCAAAGAGUAUCUUUCUUGCUCAAGGCUGCGGAUUUAUUCGCUAAAGUCGAUCCAAACUUGAGCAGAACGUACAUAAAGGAGCUGAGGGAAAUCUCGGAGAAACAUCUAAUAAGAUUGAAGACCACCUAUAAGCGUAAAUACUGCUCAGGGUGUAAUACUGUGCUAGUACCUGGAAAAACCGCAUUGGUACAAGCUAUCGAUAGCAAUAAUGUAGUUUUACGAAAAAAGGGCCACAAAGAUGGUAACAACAUUCCCUCGGAAAAGGUUCAGAACUGGGUUUGUACCACAUGUAUGAUAUGUACAAGAUCAAGAAGAUAUCCAUCAACUAGCUAA